UGUUAGUGCGUCAUCGUUUUCAAAAAAGUAUAACAAUGUGUAUUAUAGUCCAAUUUGACUCCUGUUUAAAAACACUAUUGAGGAACGCGUUGAUUGAUAAUGAUGGAUCGUACAGUGGACUUAUACAAACAUUGAACUCUUGAAUUCAGAAAUAAAUUUAAACUACUUCUUUGAAAAUUCAUUUUGCGACUUAAUUAAUACGGGUACUAUUUCAGCCGUGCACGAGUGCCUAAAAAUAGCCAACAAUGGAUACUUCAACGGAAACACCUUUAUACUGUAAUUUUACGUGGAUUGAAAUGGUUAACUACCAACUUCAAACAAGAUCAGAUACAUAUAAUCAUUAUUAUAUCAUUAUAUGCAUUUUUUGUUCGAUUUCCAUUGUUUUAAAUCUUCAUGUAAUUCUUUCGUUUAUAUUUGAAAAAGAUUUAAGAAAGCGUCAUCAUAUUUUCAUUGGUUCGUUGGCUCUCUCCGAUUGUUUGUUCUCCGUGACAAUUCUGAUCUCAACCGCCGGUGGAAAUCUUCAGCCUAACACACGGAAGCUUCUAUGUACAAUUGCCGUAGCUGCUGCGAUCAUCUCACUGCAGACAUUAGUGGCGAUUGCAAUCGAAAGACUCUUCGUUAUUGUUUUGUAUCCGUUUGAUAAGGAUGUGAAUUCACCCAAGAGACUGUUUGCUGGGGCAUCAAUGAUCUGGAUUUUGUCUUUCACAUUUACACUACUCAUGAAUUAUUUUGGAAAUCAAAAGAAGUUAGAUAAUAUUCUAGGUAUCUGGAACUUGUCGAUCCUUCUAGUUCUUCAUGUUGUAUAUUUCAUAAUAUAUAAAAGCGUUGCCAGACACGAAAAGAAGAUGGCACCAUCUAGAUCACACGUAGAAUAUGUAUCAAAGAGGCUUCUCAAGACAUUUUCAAUAGUCAGCGGUUCGUGCGCGGUUUGCUGGCUACCGAUUGAUAUCCUUAAGCUUCGCAUUUUCGAUUUAAGCUGCAAGGAAGAGUUUUAUAUUGACCUAUAUCUUUUCGGAUUCAGUUUAGCGGUAGUAUACUCUGUAAUUAACCCGCUGGUCUAUGGCUGGAGAAUCAAAGAUCUAAGGGAAGCUACUCACAGACGUAUGCUGAGGUUAUGUAACAUGUGCCGCAGAGGUUAAGGAAUAAGCUUAAGCCCUGUCCAGACUGCCACAUUUUAUUUGAAAAAAAACAAAAAAAAAACAAACAUGUGAGAUGCCUAAUGGAAUGAUGACAUCACAUUAUGACCAUAUAUAGGUACACUAUGACUAUAUAUGAGCAAUCAAGAAAGAAAGGUUGAUAGCCUUAACAAAGCUUACCGUAUUUUAUCAUACAAAUUAGUCUAAUUAAAAAUUUGAUUCAAUUGGUUUCACACUAUAUAUGUGCAGGUACAAUACUAGUAGGCCUACUCGACGCUGAUAUGCAUAAUAUUUUAUGUAUGACUAGAGGGUGCGCACGCUUACCCUCUAGUAUGAGAACGUUGAAAUUAGUUUCGAUAAGAGAACAAAUAUGUAUGACAAUAAACGAAGAUAGGGUGCAUGCUGUAUGCCUCGGUUAGGAAUAACUAUAGUUAUUGUUACAUUUUAGAAAUGCAUUGUGUACAUUAUGUUGUAUGAUUUAAAAUUGAGAGGGCGCUAUGUAUAUGGCGUCUCAGAGCCAUACAGAGGUACUGAGGCUUAUGAGGGCAUGGGGAAUUGAGAUCAGGAGGUGUCAACAGCAAUUGUGUGAAAGAAAGUAUUUAGUACUAUUGAAAUGUAAAUCAAAAAAUUUUAAAAAAUGUAAAAAUGUAAAAAAAAAUUUUAAAAAGUUUAAAAAAUGUAAAAACGUUAAAAAAUUUAAAUGUUAAAUGUAAUAUGGAUUAGGUAGGUAUUCCCUGCAACUCGUUAAAACAACCUGGGUACGUGACACCAAACACACCAUAUACUUUUUUUAAAUAUAAUUUUGGGACUUGCCUCCUGAUUGAAAAGCAUUUCUCCCGAUUUUCCCCAGCUUCUUCUGAUUUAAGAAUAAAUUUAAAUCACUAUAUUAACAGCGGGUAAUUUAGCUUAAUUUAAACUUUACAAAUUAGUAAUUAGUUAAAUCCAAAUCAAUCAUUUUGGCUCUCUAAACAGAAAAAAUCGAACCUGACGGAGAGGGGAAACAUUCAUCCUCUCCCAGACCCAGACCCAUCCCCCGAUCGGCCCUCGGUUGGCGCGCGUAGCGCUGAAACAUUAAAACUAUGGAAAAAAUCAUACAUCUUAUUUUGUUCUCCUGAUUUUUAUUACUCAAAUGUUGGCAUGUAUGAGGAUGAUGAUAUCAUUUAUUACAAAAUAUAAGCCACAAUAUUAGUACGUUUAAUAGAUACAAAAUACAAUAUCAAGUUGUUGCUGAUUCGAAUGUAAGGACUGGAGUGAGUUAAUUAAGAAAAUAUAUAAAUAUAUUUAUACACACAGAAGAGAAUAAACAGCAUUCGUGUCUCACGACACAAUUGUGGCAUAAUGAGAUGUUUGGGUAAUUUAAUUAGUUACUGGACUUACCCCAGGGGAAUGACCACUACUAAUUGGUGUGUGUUGUUGCAUGACAACUUGCUUGGUAUUUGUUGUUUAGUAGACACCCUAGCUACAGUAGUAUGGUUGUUACAGUAGUAUACCGGUAGUUGAAAUGCAAUAUUAAAGUUCAUGGUAAACCUGUA